UUCGAUGUUUUGGUUGUGAACCCGGAAGCGCUGCCGCUGUCAAUAUGGGCGUGAAGUGAAUGGAUGUAUUAGACAUAGUGAUUAUUGUGUUACAUUGAGUUAUUAAUGGAUUCGAUUUAGUGAAUUACAUUUGAACUCUCCAAGGAAAUAAGGUUCUGUCAUACCGCCUCGCCUCGGUCGCCCCCUUACCGUCACUCCUCUGGUGAUCCGGUAGGAGUGUUGCCAUGGCGAUGGAGGAGGGCGCUCUGAGCUGCCUGCUGCGCUCGCGUCCCGUCCUGGAGCAGGACAUCAAGGUCACCUACCUGAUGGACCACCUGAUCAGCGACGGGGUGCUCAGCGGGGACGAGGAGGAGCGCGUCAGGAGCAAGCCCACCAGGAGGGAGCAGGCGGCGGCCCUGCUGGAGCUGCUCCUGUUGAAGGACAACGAGGCGUACGUGUCGUUCUACAACGCCCUGGUGAGGGAGAGCUACGGAGACCUGGCCAACCUGCUGCACACCAGCCUGCCGCUGGGCUCCCCCGAGGCCCAGCGCAGCUUCACCGACGCGGGCACGCCCAGAGUCCAGGCGGUCCUGCGGGAGGGGGGCGUCCCCCAGAGGCCCGUGGUCUUCGUCCAGAGACCCCGGCUGGUGCAGCAGCUCCGCCAGCAGCUCCAAGGCCUCCUGAAGGAGCCCGGCUGGGUGGUGCUCCACGGCAUGGCCGGCUCAGGGAAGUCCGUCCUUGCAGCGGAGGCGGUCCGUGACCACGCACUGCUUGAAGAGUGCUUCCCCAGUGGGGUCUACUGGCUGUCCAUCGGCCAGCUGGACCGCUCUGACCUGCUGGCCCGCCUCCAGACCCUGUGCUUCCGCCUGGAGCAGAGCCAGGAGCUCCAAGGGCCCGGCCGGACCCCCGGCUCCCUGGAGGAGGCCAAGGAGCGCCUGCGCUUCCUGCUGCUGCGACGCUUCCCCAGGUCUCUCCUGAUCCUGGAUGAUAUAUGGGACAGCUCGGCUCUGAAGGCGUUUGACGUCCACAGCAGAGUCCUGAUCACCACCAGAGACCGCAGCAUCGCCGACGCCGUCAACGGUGUCCGCCAGGAGGUGGAGGUGGAGAGUGGUCUGGAUGAGGACAAGGCCCUGGAGAUCCUAGCCAUGUACGUCAACACCAAACCCCAGCAGCUGCCUGAGCAGGCCCGCAGCAUCGUGCAGCUCUGCAAAGGCUUCCCCCUGGUGGUGUCGCUGGUGGGCGCCCUGCUCCGCGACUUCCCCGACCGCUGGGCCUACUACCUCACGCUGCUGCGCCGCAAGCAGUUCCGCCGCAUCCGCAAGUCGUCGUCGUACGACUACGACGCGCUCGACCAGGCCAUGGACGCCAGCUUCCAGGUGCUGCCCGAGGACCAGAGGGAGCUCUACCGCGACCUCACCGUCCUGGAGAAGGACACCAAGGUCCCCGCGCAGGUGCUGGCGGUGAUGUGGGACCUGGAGCCCGAGGAGGUCGAGGACAUCCUGCAGGACUUUGUCAACAAGUCCCUGCUGUUCCGGGACUGCCACCAGCGGCCGUACCUCUACUACCUCCACGACCUGCAGCUGGACUUCCUGGCAGAGCAGAACCGCAACCAGAUAGAGGCUCUGCAUGCUAAGGUGGUGCAUCAGUACCAGAAGCACUACAGCCAGGGACCUCCGACCUCCGGGGACACCGAGUCCCUCUACUGGUUCAGGUUCCUCACCCAACACAUGGCCCAGGCCAAACUGACCAAGGAGCUGUCCUCUCUGAUGUUCUCUCUGGACUGGGUGAUCACCAAGGCCCGGGUGGUAGGCCCCUCCCCCCUCAUCAACGACUACGUGGACCACGGCGCCGUGCUGGACCGAGAGGUAACCACGGCAACACUGGAGCACUCUGUGACCUGAUAGACCGGAUAAAGC